UCAGUCACACAGCUUCAGUAAGAGCAACAACAGCUUCAGUCCAGUUUCCAAGGAAUACACACAACUUAUAGCUCAACAUGAACUUCAAUAAGAUCUUCAUCUUCGUCGCCCUCAUCCUGGCUAUCAGCUUGGGUCAAUCUGAUGCCGGUUGGCUGAAGAAGAUUGGCAAGAAACUUGAACGCGUUGGCCAGCACACUCGGGACGCCACCAUUCAGGGCUUGGGAAUUGCCCAACAGGCUGCAAAUGUGGCCGCCACCGCCAGGGGUUAAGACUAUAAUUAUUAUUUAUUUAUUAAACAUUAUUUAUUAAAACACAAACAAUUGUAAAUAUUAAUGUU